UGGAGAUCUGGGGGGCCGAGUACCAGGAGUCCAACGCCCUCCUGCUGCGCCCCGCCGAUGCCGCGCUGCUGCAACGCCUAGGCAAGCGCGAACGCUGCCCCGUGGACGUCGUGGGCACCAUCACCGGGGACAGACGGGUGCUCCCUUUCACUUCACUGGCCAGGUGCGUUAGAUGGGGGAGAGGUGGAUCCGAUCCGGGGCGAUGCUCCUACGUUGACAAGCCGAGACCCGGGGUCCUCUGCACGACACCUCCCAAGUAGAGCCGCUUCCCUCUCAUGCAAAUGCAAAAUCUGCCUCCGUCAGUUGGUCACCGGCGGCGCUUCCUUCGGGGUGCCGCGUUUCGUUUCAGAGAGGGUGUUUUCAAAAGAAGGUGCUGGCUUCUCACCUCCAAGGCCGUCAAUAUGUCUGAUCUUCCAUAGUGAGCCCACCUGGCAAGUUUUAUUGUGCUUGGCUCUGGCUCCCGUCCCUUUCCAAGGGUUUCAGCUGUCCGGAGAUUGUGCUGGUGGAUGACCUGGAGGACCCAGUGAUGGACGUGGCCCCAGUGAAGCCCAGUGGGAAGCAGACGCCGGUCGACCUGCAGCUGGAGUGGGUGCUGGGCAAGAUGCCACAAAAGGAAUUUGUCUUGUCCCACAACAGCCCAGUCCUCCACCGCCUGUGCCUGCCCACUGGGCUGAGUGUGGGGGACGCCCUGGAGCGGGUCCUGCGGCUGCCGGCCGUGGCCAGCAAACGCUACCUGACCAACAAGGUGGACCGGUCGGUGACGGGGCUGGUGGCCCAGCAGCAGUGCGUGGGUCCCCUGCACACACCCCUGGCCGAUGUGGCCGUGGUGGCUCUGUCCCCCUUCGAGACGGUGGGGGCAGCCACGGCCCUCGGGGAGCAGCCACUCAAGGGACUGAUCGACCCGGGCGCGGGGGCCCGGCUGGCCGUGGGUGAGGCGCUCACCAACCUGGUCUUUGCCCGCGUCACCGACCUGCGGGACGUGAAGUGCAGCGGGAACUGGAUGUGGGCGGCCAAGCAGGCGGGCGAGGGCGCGGCGCUGGUGGACGCCUGUAGGGCCAUGUGCGCCGUCAUGGGCCAGCUGGGGGUGGCCGUGGACGGGGGCAAGGACUCGCUCAGCAUGGCGGCCCGCGUGGGCACGGACAUCGUCAUGGCGCCCGGGACAUUGGUCGUCUCAGCCUACGCCGUGUGUCCGGACAUCAGGGCCACCGUCACACCUGACCUCAAGUGCCCCGAUGGCAAAGGGGCCCUACUGUACGUGGAGCUGUGCCCCGAGCGGCACCGGCUGGGGGGCAGUGCCCUGGCGCAGUGCUACUCCCAGCUGGGGGAUAGCUGCCCAGACCUGGAGAACCCGGACAGCCUGGCAGCCUGCUUCCGCGUCACCCAGCAAUUGCUGCAAGAGUCGGUGGUGAGCGCGGGGCAUGACGUGAGUGACGGGGGGCUGGUGACCUGCCUGCUGGAGAUGGCCUUCGCCGGGAACUGUGGGCUGCAGGCCGAGCUGGUGGCACCGGGGCUUAACGCCCUGGGGGUGCUGUUUGCCGAGGAGCUGGGCCUGGUGCUGGAGGUGCCCAGCGCUGUGGCAGGAGACGUCUGCAGACGGUACGAGGAGGCUGGAGUGCGGUGCCUGCCCAUCGGGCAGACGGGACCCCUGGGCCCCCAGUCCAUGGUGCGGCUGCGGGUGAACGGGCAGGAGGAGCUGGCGCGGCCCGUGGGUGACCUGCGCGCCCUCUGGGAGGCCACGAGUUUCCAGCUGGAGCGGCUGCAAGCGUCACCCCAAUGCGUGGAGCAGGAGGAGAGGGGGCUGGCACAGCGCCAGGGCCCCAGCUUCACCCUGACCUUCGACCCCAAGAUUGAGCCCCCGCUGCUGUGCCAGAUGGCCCGGCCGGGCCCGCGCGUGGCCAUCCUGCGCGAGGAGGGCAGCAACGGGGACCGCGAGAUGGUGGCAGCCUUCGUCAUGGCGGGGUUCCAGGCCUGGGACGUGACCAUGCAGGACCUGUACGCAGGGGAGGUGACUCUGGAGUCGUUCCGGGGCCUGGUCUUUGUGGGGGGCUUCAGCUACGCGGACGUCCUAGGGUCUGCCAAAGGCUGGGCAGCUUCGGUGACCUUCAACCCCCGGGCGCGGGCCCAGUUUGAGGCCUUUCACUGGCGCAGGGACACGUUCAGCCUGGGUGUCUGCAACGGCUGCCAGCUGAUGGCGCUGCUGGGCUGGGUGGGGGGCAGGAGCCCCACGAGCGACCCCCCGGGUGGGGCCGUCCGUCCCGGGGUGCUGCUGGCCCCCAACGAUUCGGGCCGGUUCGAGUCGCGUUUCGUGGCGCUGGCCGUCCAGCAGAGCCCGGCGGUGAUGCUGCAGGGCAUGGCUGGCUCCACCCUGGGAAUCUGGGUGGCGCACGGAGAAGGUCGGAUGCGGUUCCGCUCACCCGAGGUGCUGGCUGCAGUGACGUCGCGGGGCUUGGCCCCACUGCGCUACGUGGAUGACCAGGGCCAGCCCACCCAGGAGUACCCCCUGAACCCCAACGGCUCCCCGCUGGGCAUCGCCGGGCUCUGCUCGCCCGACGGGCGCCAUUUGGCCAUGAUGCCCCACCCCGAGCGCUGCGUCCUGCCCUGGCAGUGGGCCUGGAUGCCGCCCGACUGGCGCCGCACCAUGGAGGUCUCGCCCUGGCUGCGCAUGUUCCAGAACGCCUGCGAGUGGUGCCUGGAGCACCCCGAGGGGGAGUCCUGACUGCGGAGCCCAGUCGCCAGCCGGUCUCGUAUCCCAAGGUUUGUCCCCGGGCCGGGACCGGCACAAAACCGCCCUGGUUUUAUCCGGUGUGGGACUGGGGAGGCGGGGCUAUUUCAGGAGCACAUGGCCCCGCCCCCUCCGCCGUGACCUCCUAUGCACCGUGCAUAUGAGGUCAUGCUGGUGGGGGCUGGACGGUGCGCUCUUAAAAAUGCCCCCUCCUGCAGUGUGACCGUCUGUGCACCGGGCAUGUGGGGUGAGGUCAUGCUGGAGGGGGCGGGGUUUGUGUUAGAGAGGUUGAAUGGGGGCGGGGUCACAUGGGAGGAGGCGGGUCCACACUGUUCCCUGAAGGUCCUUAGUCCCGAUCCCUACAGGGCCAGCCACCCCCAGCCUGGAGACCUGUCAGCAGUUCCCCGUCCUGGCCACUGGGGACAGACUUGAAGAGGAACAAAAGCAGGGGUGUGAGGGGUUCAGUGGGGGAAUUGAGCUGGGGGGCUGGGGGCCAGGACAGGUCCAGGAGGAGCAGGGCAGGAGGAGGUUGGUGGGGUUUAGAGGGGAUUGGCUGUCUGAGCAGCCCCUGCUUGCUGGUUAAUGGGUCUGGGGGGCUGGAGCCCAGAGGAGAGGGUGGGCCUGCGCUCCCACCAGACCCGGGGAACAGGGUGUGGAACCCCCUCGAAGGGGCCACGGAUGUUUGAAAGGCCUGGGGGAGACGGGGGGUGAGGAAUAGAGUGACUCAGAGGGGACGGCUGAUGGGGCAGAGUUGCAGGGGGCAGUGGAGGACAGCUAAUGCCAUUGCUGUAGAUCGGGGCUUCUCAAACUGGGGGUCGUGAGGUCAUUACGUGGGUGGCUGCGAGCUCUCAACCUCCACCCCAACCCCGCUUGCCUCCAGUGUUAGUAUUGGUGUUAAAUAUGUUAAAAACUGUUUAAUGUUUUGGGGGGGCACGCCGAGGCUUGCUGUGUGAACAGGGUCGCCAGUAAAGCCAUCUGAGCCCCA